AUGUUAGCAAUUAAAACAGCAUUGGAGAAUUUGAAAAAAUGGGAGAGCUAUAAUGAUCAGCAUGUGAUAAUUCGUACCGAUUGUCUAAAUGUGAUAAAAUGGAUUCGCGAUGGUUAUGGACAACAUCCAAAAAUGAUACAAGAAAUUCAUGAUCUGAUGGAAUCGUUCCCAAAUGGAGUCGAGUAUCAACAUGUAUACGCGCAUGCUGGAGAUCCUGGUAACGAACUUGCUGAUCGUCUAGCUGCCAUUGCUACUUCACAACGUCAGCGUAGCGCUGAUGAACCAUUCUUUCGGACGAGUGGUCCUACGAGAGAACGGAAUCGCGCACGUUCAAAGUCUAAUGAUCCAUCCAUCAUCAAAGAUUAUAGUUAUUCCCAUUAUCCAAGGUCGCGAUCAGUUGGAUCUCGAAACACUCACUCGUCACUAUAG